CACUGUGAACUCAAGGAAGGGAGACACAUGAAGAAUGGCUUUCUUUUUCUCCAGUUACAGCUGAAACGAACUCUCUGUCCUGCCUGAGUGGACACUCCCCUGCAAUCACUUGGAAGAGAAGGAUAAGGAUGAUGCCCACGGGGACACAGCAGGCUCAGCUGUUUCUAUUCAGUUCCCACGGGAGGUGCCCAGACUCGUUUAUUUUAGCAUGCUUAUGCCGACAGCGUCAGCUGAGCCACAUGAAGACCUCAGAUCAUUCAACAAGUCAAGUGUGCACAUGGGCUUGAACGAUGGACAUCUUGUUGCAGUUGUCUGAGCCAGGAUCCAGGUUACAGGCUCCGGGCCUGGGCCAGUCGGGCAGCUGUGAACCUAGCGCUUUCCAGGCGCCGAGCUUGGGGUGCGCCCCGCCACCCUGCCUCAGGAUCAUGGGGAAUGGCAUGACCAAGGUACUUCCUGGACUCUACCUUGGAAACUUCAUUGAUGCCAAAGACCCGGAUCAGCUGGGCCGGAAUAAGAUCACACAUAUCAUCUCUAUCCACGAAUCACCCCAGCCUCUAUUGCAGGAUAUCACCUACCUUCGAAUCUCAGUGUCUGAUACUCCUGAGGUACCCAUCAAAAAGCACUUCAAAGAAUGCGUCCACUUUAUCCACUCUUGCCGCCUCAACGGGGGUAACUGCCUCGUGCACUGCUUUGCAGGUAUUUCUCGAAGUACCACCAUAGUGAUUGCCUACGUGAUGACGGUGACCGGACUUGGCUGGCAGGAAGUGCUUGAAGCCAUCAAGGCGUCCCGGCCGAUCGCCAACCCAAACCCGGGCUUUAGGCAGCAGCUCGAGGAGUUUGGCUGGGCAAACUCCCAGAAGCUUCGCCGGCAGCUGGAGGAGCGCUUCGGGGAGAUCCCGUUCCGCGACGAGGAGGACUUGCGUGCGCUGCUGCCUCUCUGCAGGCGCUGUCGCCAGGGCUCGGCGACGUCGGCAGCGUCGGCCACCGCAGCGUCCUCGGCGGCUUCCGAGGGGACCCUGCAGCGCCUGGUGCCGCGAUCGCCGCGGGACUCACACCGGCCGCUGCCGCUGCUGGCGCGCGUCAAGCAGACUUUCUUCUGCCUCCCGCGGUGCCUGUCGCGCAAGGACGGCAAGUGAGCGCCGCGUCCGCUGCUGCGCCCAUCCUGAUGCCGCAGCCUUGGCGGGCGGCCGGGGCUUUCCGCGGCCGGGGCGCACCCAGAGCUCGUGGGAGCCCCGUUCCUGCCCGGUACCCACCACGCUUGUCUGCGUCCGUCCUCAGUGUUUGUUCUGUGAGUCUGUGCUCGGCCGACCUGCAGCAAGCCACCUGGUGCCUUAGUCCCUGGACUCGGGAGAGGGGUCCCGGGCCUCCACCCCGACAGGCGGGGAGCAGGAGGGAGGGUCGGGUGGGGCGGACCGGCCUGGAGGAGAUUAAAGAGACACAGAAGCUGCCUGGCCCGGUGCCUCUGGUCAUUCCGCAGAGCUCGGGCUCCGGGCCUGCGGGAAGCAGAGCAGGGACAACAAGCGCUAUUCUCCGCCAGUCUUCAGAGCUGAACUCCAAGACCACGCCCUUCUUUGACACCAGCCCCCCUCCCCCGGCAUCUCUCCAAAGGCCUGGACCCCUGACACCGCCGUUGUGGCCCUUUUUCUCUGGACCCUUCACCUCUCCGUAGUCCCUUCGUCUGUCCUCUCCAGUUCUCCUUCCCUCUCUACACAGAUAACUGGUCAGUGUGGUCCAUUUGGUGGCGUUGCCUUCAAGUCAUCUUUUACUGUCUGAGAUGGCUUUAUCCUCAGGGAGAACACCCAGGCUCAGAGAGGUCAGGCAGCUGGCCCAAGCACACACAGCAAGGGCAGGUCAUUCCCAAUUGUGACAGCAGAGAGGAAGCACCUCCUUGUGUGAAGGUUCCUGGAGAGAAAGCCCCAGCGGGGUGCAGGGGGUAGUGGGACUCUUUUUUUUUCCCCAUGAAAGAGCCCAAGUAGACUCUUGGGGCUUCAUGGCCGAUGGGAAGGCAGAGAUCUCAGCACUGAGCUGAGCCGGUGGUGAAACGACCACACCAACCUCCAAUUCCUCGUUCACUCAAGUGUUCACACCGGGUGCCAGGUCCUGGGCUGGGCCCUGGGGCUACCACAGUGAGCAUGGACGCUGCUGACAUUCUAGUGGAAGACACUAGAUCAAAGAAGGAGUAGACAGAGGGACCAUCUUGCCAUCUGGCUGGGGCUGUGGGGUGGGGGGAACAGUAUAUGCCAAGGCCCUGAGUUAGGACAAUGUGAAGAGAAUGGGGGCUCCUCCUGAGGGCAGGGAGCCCACCUGCAUCCUCCUGAUUGGUUGGUGGCACCACAGGCCACUGUUUUCUAGCCCUCUGGUACUAAAGGAAACCCUUUGGUAUAAUGAUCCAGAUCCUUCCAGAUGCUUCCUUGCCCAGAUACCUCCUCCACACCUUACUGCUAGUGAGGGCUCUCUACGACUGUGGUAAACACUGCAGCUAAGACGACUCUCCUUCCACCCUCCCUAAAGGUGCCCCAUUUAUCAGAGAAGAAAACUGAGGCUGGUGCCCCAGGUUAUAAGUAAGAGUCAGGACUCGGAUGCGAGCUCAGGCAGCCUGGUCAGGCAGCCUGGCUGCAGACUCCACACUCUACUCUUCAUUAUUUACCCUUUGUGAUCUAGAAAUAUGAAAGGCUCCUCUGACACAUGGGAGCCAGCUGCUUCGAGGGACAGAACACCUCAGAUUGGCUUCUAAAACUCCAACCCGAUAUAAAGGGACAACUCACUACUACUCUUGUUAAUCACAUGAAAUGCUUUGUGCCGUCUCCCCCUCCCCAACCCCCAAGUUCACAGCUCUGUGAACUGUGAACUGCAUGGAUAUCAUGGGACAGCUGAUAGCGUGUGGGACCAAGAGGAGGAGGAAUAAGAAUGCCCUCCCACGGGUGCUUGUGAAGGGGAGACCUGACCCCCCACCUCUCUCCAUGCUGGCUGGAGCAGCCACUGCACUCGGGGAUUUUCUUUUUUUUUUUUUUCUUUCAGAGCCUCAGUCCCACCACAGACACAGCAAGGGCUGGGGCAGCCUGAAUUACUCAACAUAUUUCAUAGUGCAAAUAUUUCUUCAUAAUA